AUGCUGCCUCCUGCGCUGAACAUUCCCAAAUGGCUCGAAGCCAACGCCCACCUCCUCCAACCCCCGGUGAACAACUAUUGCGUGUAUCACCCCUCCUCCCCAGCAACAGCAGGGUAUACCGUGAUGAUAGUCGGGGGACCCAAUGCACGAACAGACUACCACAUUAACACAACACCGGAGUUUUUCUACCAGUACCGCGGGUCCAUGCUCCUCAAGACGGUGGACAAUUCCACGACACCGCCAAGUUUCCAGGAUAUCCCCAUCCAUGAGGGAUCCCUAUUUCUCCUCCCCCCAAAUACACCGCACUGUCCUGUGCGAUUUAAAGAUACUGUAGGAGUGGUGAUGGAGCAGCCACGCGCAGAGGGGGCGGUGGAUAUUAUGCGGUGGUACUGCAGGAACUGUAUUGGGAUUGUGUGGGAGAAGAAGUUCGUUUGUGUGGAUCUGGGGACGCAGGUCAAGGCGGUUGUGGAAGAGUUUGCGGGUGACGAGGAGAAGCAGAAGUGUAAGAAUUGCGGGACUGUUGCACACUCAAAAUUCCGGGACGGGGAGAUUGUCCAGCCGCCGACACACCCGAAUUGA